AUAAUGAUGGUCGGAAUAAUGAAACAUAUUUUAGCAGGAGUUGUUUGCACAAGUCUGGUGACAUCUUCUCCCUCUCCUGAUACUAGAACAAAAAGGAACUCAGCAUUCGACAACAUCUAUUCAGCAAUCUCUUCAUUUAUAAGUCCUGCACAAUCCUUCUCUUCAGUCCUAUUACCGGGCUCCCAGCCGGAAACGGAAAGACGCCAUGUUGUUGAAGAAAAUCCAGGAUUUUUUGACAGAUUUUCCGGGAAAAAAUCGCGAGAGAAAAUCCAGCGAAAAAAUGAUCAGUUCAGACCGCCCCAGUUUGGUUCCAUACAAGACAAAUUGGAGUUUAAUGAACCAGAAUAUGAACAAAUUACUCAGGCUAGUUUGGGUCCGUUUAAAAGAAGUCCUCAGUUAAAUUUGCCAGGAUACUCAUAUCCUGAACCUGAUAACAAACUCUUCCUACCUGGGGAGGAUUCAAGAAGUUCAAUGGAAGUAAUUCUCCCAUCAGAUCUUAGAUCAGAAAAGCUUCGGAGCCCGAAAAAAACUCAAAAGAUGAAAGGAAAACUGGUUUUCCGACAGGAUGACAAGGAGAUGACUGGUGUACAAGCGCUCGAGGCGCUGAAUAGGUUUCUAGAGUCAGACCAGGGCGCAGAACUGUUAGAGGCUGCCGCGCGACAAUCUGUGCGCAAGAGCGAAGACGACUUUAGUGAAUCUGCCACAGCUAGAUCUUUAUCUGUUUCAUCAUCAAGUGCUCAAAGAACUGUUACGGCUUCUCCAAUAACCUUCUCUUCAACUGUUGGAUCCAUUCGUUUGAUCCAACCAAUCCAAUUUGUUUCUACUCCCAGACCCUCUCCUAAUCCUCAAUCCAAUUCCUUCAGAUCUGAUCCUAGACCUAAGACCAAUUCCUUUAACUCUAUCCUUUCCUCUCGCAAUCCUAGUAGUCCUAAACCACGAUUUCCUAAACAGCAAUCUCCAGCACUUACUUUCGUUGACAAUGGCCUUGUUGCUGUUUUAGGCCGCCAGGUGAAGGGGAACCCAGUCGAAGGGUUCCCUAAUGGACUCCCUGAGUUGACCCCUCUUGGAGUUCGGAUAACUCUGGAGAAUAUGUUUGGACCUAACGGAGAGAUGGUCAUGAACCCUAUCCCUGGUGUUGCCGGAGUAGAUUAUCCAACAUUUAACUCUGUUCCUGAUACUCAGUUCUCUUGUUCAGCUCAGGAAUAUCCUGGAAUAUUCGCAGAUACAUUCGCAGAUUGUCAGGCAUUCUACAUGUGUCAACCCAAUGGCGAAUCAACGGCCUUCCUUUGUCCCAAUGGAACCAUGUUCAAUCAGCAAUAUUUUGUCUGUGAUUGGUGGUACAAUCUAGACUGCGCCGAGCAGCCCAACUUUUAUAAUUACAAUCAGCUGAUUUAUGAUUCACCAGAAAAUGAGGGAAAGAAGUGUACAUCUCUUUUCUGCAAAGACGACUAAACUGGUCUGGAAUGAGAAAACAAGUAUCCCCUAGUUCAAGAGUUCAUAAAAAAUGACAUGUUUUGAGCUUGAAAUAAAUGCCCUUUAAUUUUUUGUAAAGUUUAUCAAAAUUGCCCUUUGUACGAGUGAACCAUAAAAAUUGGCUCAAUCAUGAUUCUAGUCAAUAUAUGUAUUUUUGAUCAUUAUAGUUCAAAUAAAUAAAAUAAAAAAUA